GACUCCUCUAUGACCCACCUCACCCGGUUUCCGGCCGGUCCUUCCGCUUCCGGUUCUAUCGUGGCGUCUUUGCUGAGGGUCACAUUGAACUGCGAGGUGCUUCGAGGCCGUCUUUAGGAGUCUGCAUCAUGGCAGAAGAUAUCAAGAGGAAAAUCAAGAACUAUCAGACUGCCCCUUUUGAUAGCCGCUUCCCCAACCAGAACCAAACCCGGAACUGCUGGCAGAACUAUCUGGACUUCCACCGCUGCGAGAAGGCGAUGAGUGCCAAAGGGGGUGAUGUCUCUGUGUGCGAAUGGUACCGGCGGGUGUACAAGUCCAUCUGCCCCUUGUCCUGGGUGUCGACUUGGGAUGACCGUCGGGCAGAAGGCACGUUUCCUGGAAAGAUCUGAACCGGCUCCACCCCUUCUGUUCUCUGUCCUUUUCCCAGGAUGCUGAAGAGGGACCAGGGCACCUGGGGAUUCCCGCCCUGGGAUCCUCGAUCAUGACUUAACUAAUAAAUACUGAAAACCCCUGAAA